AUGCUGUUCCCUGACUGCCGCCUUGAAUCGGUGGGGUCCCAGUGCGAACGCUGCGCAUGUGAGCCCGCUUGUACCGCCUCCUUCACCAGGCUCGCCAUGACUCUGGGCAAUAUUCUUGAUGAAGAUGCCGAAGUGUUUGUGGUUAAGAUGUGGAGACUUUUGAUUUACGAGAGUGAAGCGAAGAAAUUGGGUCUUGUUGUUCCACGGAGUGCGCAAGUAGUAGUCGCUUGUAAAUGA